UCAGACUGACGAGUGCGCAUGCGCUGUGCGUCACUGUUUACUGUAAUGGCGGAUGUGUCCGCGGUUGACAACAUGAAGAAUUAUCAGAAUUUUCAGGGCACUUUCGACAAAAUAGACAGAGAGCAGAGCAGAUAUCCUUACUGCAUCGUCUGGACACCAAUCCCCGGCCUGACAUGGUUCCUGCCCUUUAUUGGUCACAUGGGCAUCUGCACGUCCACAGGUGUGAUCCGAGACUUCGCAGGGCCGUAUUUUGUGUCUGAGGACAACAUGGCAUUUGGGAAACCAACAAAGUACUGGAAGCUGGAUAAAAACAAAGUGUAUGCAGGGGGCUCAAGCACAUGGGAUGCAGCAGUGCACGACGCGUCUGAAGAAUACAAACACAGAAUGCAUAACCUGUGCUGUGAUAACUGCCACUCUCAUGUCGCCAUGGCGCUGAACCUGAUGCGCUACGAAAACAGCACCUCGUGGAACAUGGUCAAUCUCUGCUUGCUGUCCUUCAUCUACAGUAAACACGUCAGCUUUGUGGGCUUCUUGAAGACGUGGCUGCCCUUCCUCAUGAUCUGCGGAGUCAUCGUCACAGUUACGCUGGCCUUCAAGCUCCAAUCAGCAACACUGGACACAAUGAACCACAGUGGAUAAGACAGCUGUGAAGUGAGAGGGUGAGAGGGGUCACCAUCGGGGGCACUCCAAACCAGCUAGCACUGUAGCAAAAAGGCGAAUGUAAAACGCAUAGUUUAAAGUACCUCAGUGUUAAUUAACACCUCUUUAUGCCAUCAUAUCUCACGGGAGUGACCGCACCUUUGGGCAGACCGACCCACUGAGAGACUUUCACAGCAACUGGCUCUCUGACAUGAAGACCAGCAGCAUACGAAGACGACCAUCAGACCAGACUUGCACCUCACAAGCCUCCUGCUCUGAGAUUGAUUUACCUGGACAUGCUCUGCCCACAAAUGUGUUCCUACAGAACCCUGGGAAAAAUCCCACUUAACCUAAUAAGAAACUGUAGAACCGACUCAGUUUAUAUCACAAUACCUACAUUUAGAGCCAGUAGUUUACACUAAUUUACAUUAGUGUUUUACAGUUUCUCAUUAGAUGUAAUGGGAUUUAAUGGGUAACGUAAAGCUGGUCCCACCUCACAACAGUAGCUACAAAAGAACACAUUUGUGGGUGGAGCCUGGAAAGGGGGAAGUGGUUUAUUAAUUCUUAUUAAUUCUGGUGAUAUUCAGACUUCCUGUUUGCAGAUGAUGCCAUUACUAUUAAUGGUGACCAAGCAACUCCGCUCUGGGCAGUUUUUACCAUAUCAUCUCUAUUAUUAUUCUUUUUUGAUGAUUUUUAUUAUGCAAUACCUCUUGAAAUGGUAAACCUCUGUUAGACACUCCAUCCAGGAUACUAUGUCAUUUUUAAGGUUGACUCUAUAUGUGGCAGAAACAAGGGCUGCUUUUCCUUUUGAUCUCAUUGUUAUUCAUUAUGUCUUUGUGUUUUGAAUUUAAAUACACAUCUACCAUCUGAA